GAAGACUCGGAGGCGGAAGGCGCCCGUGUGGACGUCUAAAAUGUCUGCUCCCAAAAGCAUCCCUAAAGAUGCUCAGGUGAUGAUCCAGAUCCUGAAGGACAUGGGGGUGACCGAGUACGAGCCCCGCGUCAUCAACCAAAUGUUGGAGUUCACUUACAGAUACGUGACGAGCAUCAUCGAAGAUGCCAAGAUCUACGCCACGCAUGCCAAGAAGUCCAACGUGGACGCCGACGACAUCAAACUGGCCAUUCAGUGCCGCAUGGACCAGUCCUUUACAUCACCACCACCGAGAGAUGUAAGAACACACGUGUGCGUUAAGUUCCUCUUGGAGGUGGCCAGACAGAAGAACCAGACGCCGCUCCCCCUCAUUAAACCGUACACAGGGCCCCGCCUCCCUCCGGACCGCUACUGCCUGACCGCACCCAACUACCGCCUCAAGUUCCUCCCCAAAAAGGUGGUGUCGGCUGGCAGGAUAUCGGCACCCCGCCUCAGCGUCAGUGCAGUCUCUAGCAGACCGGCCACGCCCACGCUCGGAAACUCGUCUGUUCAGUCAAUGGGCGGCACCAAGGUGGGACCGUCGGUGUCGCUGACAGGUCAGAGGUUUGCCGUGCAGAUCCCGCCUCCAUUGCAGAGCAGUGGCACCAAAAGUGCCCCGUUGACCACGCCCACCGGCUCCAGCGUGCUCAUCAACCCGUCUCUGAUUGGCUCCAAGAACAUCCUCAUUACCACCACCAUGGCAGCUCAGAGCACCGGCGGUGGAGAGUCGCUGAAGAGGAAACACCAGGACGACGACGACUACGAUGCCUUGUGACGCACACACAACAUACACCCUCACACAUACACACACCAGGACACCGACACGCUCGCAAUUCCUUGACAACGCCCUUCAAACACAUGCAAACUACACCCACAGACUUUUUCAAACUCUUGUCACAGCGAUGACAAAAUGACUGCACCAGUGUUUUUUUUUUUUCACCUUUAAUCCUAAAAACAAUUUCAAAUAAAAAAAGAAACAAUGUGAAUGAUUAUGACAAAGCAUUAAAAGUCACUUCCUGUUUGUGGCAAAAGUUAGCGCACACAUUUUGACACGCAUCACACGCGCCACAAAAAAGUAAGCCCACAUGCACGACUAAAACGACCAAUCACGGCACUGCAAAGAACAUACUCCGCGUCUUUCCCUUCGGGGCGUGGCCAACCACUGCACGGAGCCAAAAGCUCAAAAGCAAACGACGCAAAAAAACUAAGCUGAAGUGUGGCGGCGGCGGCGGCGUCGUCGUCGUCGUCGUCUCCCCCCCCCCCCAUGAUGUAUCUGAUGCCACAGGAAACACACCUUACUGGCGAAA